CCUCUCUGACUCCAGCAUCAGCAUCACUGUGUGAUGCAUCACCACUGUGUGAUGCUGCCAUCAUAACCCGGAGAACAAAUUCCCCGUUUAACGAUCGUGAAGGGGGAUUCGUCGUAUAUUUUGUGAAUGGUUAUUAUUAUGGUCGGCUGCAUUCAUUUGUAAGUACCAACCAGGCCUAUAUAUAAUGUGUUACUGGAUGCGACCCCAUUCAGACACAUAAUAGACCACACGACUCGUUUGCUUGGCUGUUGCUAUUUUUAUAUUUUGGGCUUGUGCGCAAAUCUUUGAGGGUGAAUAAUACAUUUCUCUCUUUCAGUCGGAGGUUUUUUUUCCAAGGACAUCCAUCAGUGAGCCACACGGUGCUGCAGAGAUGUGGGACGCAGCCUCUUUCUGUUUUUGAUGCUGAUGCUGAUGAGUUCAUAUUAGAGUUAUAAUCGGUCAUAUCUGGGUUCAAGCUCUCUGCUGCUCUCUCGGUUCAUAAGGAUGCGACGUCAUGACUCGAUCGCUGCUGCCUCGCUGCCAGAUGUUGCAGAUGUGCUGCAGCUGCACAGAUAGACGCUCCUCUUGCUCUCGCUGCUGUUUUUUUGGGAGGAUGCUUCUGUAAGUCCUCGCUUUGUGCUCGGUGCAGAUCGCAUUCAUAUUUCUUUUUGCGUAAAAUGAUACCUGGAUCUGCCGCAUCAAUGCUGCCGUCUGCAGAAGCUGCGAAACUGUACCAGACCAAUUACGUCCGCAACUCGCGUAUGAUCGGACUCCUCUGGGCCAUCUUCACCAUCCUGUUCGGCAUCGUUAACGUGAUCAUCUUCUCGCAGCCCUACUGGAUCGGAGAUGGCGUGGACACUCCGCAGGCCGGAUACUUCGGCCUCUUCCACUUCUGCUCCGGAGACGGCAUCGCCAGAGAGCUGGACUGUCAGGGCAGCUUCACGGAGUUCGCUGCGAUCCCCUCCACCGCCUUCAAGGCCGCCUCCUUCCUCAUCGGGAUGUCCAUGAUGCUGGUCUGCUGCUGCAUCGGCUGCUUCAGCCUCUUCUUCCUCCUCAGCACCUCCACCGUGUACAAGAUCUGCGGCUGGAUGCAGGCAGCAUCAGGUGUCUGUCUGGUGCUGGGUUGUAUGAUCUAUCCUGAUGGUUGGGACAGCGACGAGGUCCGGCGGAUGUGCGGAGAGCAGACGGACAAAUACAGCCUGGGGGCCUGCUCGGUGCGUUGGGCCUACAUCUUGGCUAUUAUGGGCAUCCUGGACGCCCUCAUCCUCUCCUUCCUGGCCUUCGUCCUGGGGAACCGGCAGGACGGACUCAUGACAGAAGAGCUGCUGGCUGAGAGCAAGGAGGGAGGCAACGCCUAACUUAAUCUUUAGGUUCCUGAAUUUCCAUGUGUCUGUUUUCAUGAAGUACCAGUCAACCCUCAACAUCAGCCCGGAGGAGAGGGGCCAUCCAGGUCUGUGACGGAGAGGAAUACUAUGGAACCAGCCAGCCUGCCUUUCAUAUCUACCUGCCAAAAACCCAGUGUACAAACCCACCCUCAGAGUCCAUCCGUUUUGCUUGCAGACCUUAAAUCAUCCCCAGCAUUUAGAUGGAGCCCAAUGCACUUUUAUCCCAGUGUGUCUACAGACCUAACCCUUGCACAACAUAACAUAGACCAUGGCAGGGGCAGAGACUGUUAUUCUAUUGAGACGUACAGUAUAUGGACUACCGACUACCUACCUGAGAAGGCACAGGGUUGACAUUGUACACCUGCAGUACGAGCACAGACACACACACACACACAUACACACACAGACACACACACGCACUCACACACGCACAAACACAACUCAACGCACUACACAGUACAUUCAAACAAAACUCUGUAAUUACAAGUAUUAAACUAUGUUAACACUUAGCCGUGUGUACCACCGUCAGAAUGUGUGUCAUGUUUUAUUUGUGAAAAGAAGAAACUCUGCUUCUCAUUUUCAGAUAAUAUCGGGUUGAUGUAAAUCUAUUGUGUUUCAUUUGUAAAGUUUGACAAUGAAA